ACCACUCAUGCACAUCUUGCACCCUGCGAUCGCGAUGCACCCGUCUGCGUUCACUUAAAGGCUAUGUUUUCGCAUAUCCGUGCUGUUGCGAAUCAUACAGCACUCCGUUGCUGUGCUCCGCAGAGCUACUUGCCGUCUUGAUACUUGAGUCAUAUACCCCAGCGAGGACAAUGGAGACACGCGAGAACAUCUUAGGAUGCCAUUCAUAACACUUUAUUGACCACCUAGACUAUCUUCUGAGUGGGAGAGGUGUGUCUCCACACUGGUCGCUCCGGAACGCAAGGCGCCGACACCCCGUCUUACGUUGGGCAAAGAGCGCAUAUCUGGCACCCAGACUUGACCCAGGUGCUGUGCUUCCUCCGGCACCUGAUCCAAGGCCAGGGAACUUCCUUUGAGACCACUUGGUCAUACAACGUUCCGUGCGACCGCUUAACAAUUGGACAACACCCAUCGACUGUCGCCCAUCGACUGUCGGACACCUCGUUUUCCCCUUCGGCCCGUACACGGUCUGAACCUCAGCGGCCCUCUUCCUUCAGGCAUACUUCACGCGCUGAUUGGUUCCUGUGACAAUGCUACCAACCUCGCACUGUAGAUCUCCAUCCCGGGACCUUCCCCUGACCUCCCCUUCACGGAACGCAUGCCGCUCACGCGCUUGUCAUUAGACACUACCCACCCGCCUCUUUGGUGGUUUACUGCACAUCAACUUCUCGCACCCUGCGUUCCGCAUCCCCACCCAUCUACGCCAUCGCAGCGGGACUCGACCCAUGGUGCCUCAACGCGGGGACCGUCGACGCACCGGCGCUGACGCAUUUCUCAUUUCGGGACUGGUUUCGUCCCUGUGUCCUCCGAGGAGCGCUGGCUCAUUGUCGCUUGCUCCGAGGGAUGCGCGUCGUCUGGUCCGGCAGGCGUAAGGCUGUUGACAUCAGGGAGGGGUUCAUGGUCAUCUGCGAGGACAAGUUAGGCGACUGGGAGGUCGGAGGCAGAGGAGGUAGGGAUAUCUGGUCGCAAGCCAGAGCGUUCAUUGAGCCGAAACUAUCCGAAAAGGUGAAAACCUCUCGAAUGUGGCUUUGAUCUUAAUGGACCCCCAUAGUAGUGUACUGCUCUCAAUGCGUAUGGAAACUCAGUAAAGCAGGUAGUAAUUGAGCGUUAUAUGUAGCUUGCAUUCAAGCAGUCAUUUAGUUCCCUCACACACCGGAGAGACGCACGCACCUGCAAAUCCGCGACUAUCUGCAGCCGACCAUCCUCGUCCGUUGGUGAAAUCAAUGGCCUGCUCCCGCAUUCCUCUCUUGGCAUAAAACAGUUGUCUAUGCUUCUUCCCAACGCGCCCGAUCACCUCGUCUCGGACAAUUUCAGUCUCCUCGAUGCAGAUACCGACCUUGUGCUGUUUUGGUCACUCUUGCCGAAGAUCAUCCUCCCGCCAGCGCAGUCGACCUCCCAGCUCAUCGAAGCUCUUGAAUCCAUCGCGAUUACAAUGAGAGUGAAGUCGGCUCCUUCCUACGGCUUUCUGCGCCGUUUCCUGGACGAACGAUGGGACAAUGAGCGAUUCUUCAGGCGGACAUGGGCCCGCUGUGUCGAUCUGGCACUGGAGAUGUCGGCUCUUUUCCCAGACGGCACACUCGCUCCUCUGUCCUCCGAGAACCCUUGCGUGGCGUUCAGCGCACGACAAAUCGCGUGUCUCGUCGUCCACCAAUUUCUUUGCACCCUCCCUGAAUUCGCACACCAAGCACCAGACGACUCGCAGGAUCUGUCCAUUUGGUUCCACGACGACCAGCCUCAUCCACAUGCAGUAGAAGCGUAUCUCACUGCGCUCUUCACCUACUUCGACCGGAUUGCGGGGAGUGAUAUGGCUGGAGAUGUCUCGUUGACCUUGUGCACGGGCCCACCGUCCCAGAGCAUGGCGCAGGCCAGCGUGGAGUUCAGGCCGAUACGAAUUAUACCCCUUGAUGCACCGAACACCUCGACAACACUCAUGGGUAUCCCCCGCGGCGCGUGCGUCAUCUCCGCCAAUUCGCACAUUGGAUUCGGGCGCACCGCCUCGCAGGAGGAGAUGCAAGUCGGUUGCACCCCAACGGCUCUGCCCGCUAAACUGGUCACCCCGCCGCUAUCAGACACCAAGGUCCUGGUCGUUCGUGGAUGCGCGCCUGUAGUCGAGAUGGUCGGCUACGGCCGUGCUGCGGUUUUGCACCGCAUUGUGCCGGCUUAUGAGCACGAUUGGAGUCAGAGGGUGAUGCUGUUCAUGGAUGCGUUGGAGCUGGAUGGAUACGACUCGACGUCAUGCACGCCGGAUCUGUUGCCUGGGCACAUCGAUCGGGAACUCAACAAGGCCCUAACGGCCUUUGCGUCCGAUUCUUACGAGGAGGUUGUCACCGGGCAUUGGGGAUGCGGUGCAUUCGGCGGAAACAAGGAAAUCAAGGGCGUGGUGCAAUGGUGUGCGGCGAGUAGAGCUGGUGUUGAGUUGGCGUUCGUAUGCGAUACGCAAGAUUCGUUUGGCGUCGACUUCAAAAAGUUCGUCGACCAAGCAUUGGAUCGGCAUUGGAAGGUCGACGAUGUUCUAUCUGUGCUGGCGUCAAUAGGACCUACAGACCCUGCCCGACUGUCAAUCUUCGCCGCCCUCUCCACGCAAAUGGAAAGGCGAGUCCCGCAGAGAUGACCAGUUUGGCAUCACAAUCCACCAAAUGCUUUGCACUGUGACUACGUGCCUCGGAUCUUGGAGUGCAGCCACGAUGUCGAGGAAAACUGGGUACAGGACACGAGCGAAUGCGCUAUCUGUGGAUUCCGGCAUGGACACCUUGUAACACAUAUGCAGCGGGAAUGCAAGGAACGACGUGCAUUCAUAUUAUAGAGGCCGAAGAAAACGAAUCUGCCAGAACAUAUCCACUCAUGUCGAGCAUGGCCAUAAUCGAACAAGGGUGCUAUCUGCUGACGUGUCAAUAAGGGCAGGCCAGAGACUGCAGACUGUGUACGAAGAUUGCAUGGAUCUGGGCUGUGGAGGAGUCAGAGGGAAAUGAGCAGCUACGAUCCAGUCUCUUGGAAUCGGAGCGAAGGCAGAGGAGACGGAGUCCGAUGGAAUAAUGUAAUGGAUGCUUCUGUUUAGGAAGAAGACGUUACCGGGGCUGAGAUCAAGAGCGAGGAAGAAGUAAUGCCAGUCUCUGUGAAGUUGAAGAUGGAGACUCGCCCCUUCCACGCUUGCAGAAGUCGACUAGCGAGUACAGAAAAGAUUCUGAAGAAAAAACCUGAAGCCCCCAGAGGCGAAGCAAGAGAGAACGAUCAGAGAAGAACCUUAAUUUGAAGCGUGUUACAAAAGUCUUCGUUUUUGCCCCACCGUCUCUCCACCUCUCCCACCGUCAUGACCCACCAAGCGACCAUGAGCAUUCCCGAACUGGUCGAUGCCCAUGAGCGUUUGAAGACGAUGCACGAAGACCUCAAGAUCAAGCACGCAGAGACCAAAGACGAAUUGAGCCAGGUGAAACAUCAAGUGAAAGAUUUGGAGACUAGGAUCCAGUGCAUCGAGCCUGGUCCUGCAGGCCAAACUGUCGAAAAGACUCGUCUCUCCACGGGCAUGGACGACAAGUGGGUCGGUUAGUGUCCAUUUGUGUCCGGACUGCCCGUACGCUUCCGCUCGGAGCGGACGAAGAAAUGCAUCGACUUCGAUUGGGCCGGCGGCAAGGGAUGCCAGAUGCUCCAUCAGCACGACUUGGGCGUAAGUAAUGCCAAUCAACAUGUGAGUUGAACCGUUCGUGCACCUGCAGCGAGCACACGAUUCAAUAUUCAUGACUGAGCGGGCCGACAGUUCGAGAUCAGACCGGCGGGACCACGCGCAUUCGUCAUCCGGCACAUCGCCUCCUCCUACUUUCUGUGCAUCUCCAAGGAACGGCACGAAGGGGGGUGUUAUAUGGGAAUGAGCAUGAGCCCGACUUUUGUGGUCUUCGAUCCGGUGCUGGCGCAAGGCAAAUACACGGGGCGGGUCAGAAUCCGGCUUUUCGAGUCGCUGGAGCGGACGGUGCAGUUCGAGAAAGGCAACGCCAGCAACGGUACCCCGGUCAUCGCGUGCGCUGAAGGUGGUGCCAACGACGAGUGGUAUGUUAAGCAGGCGGGAGACAAGACCAUUUGAGUUGCAUCGGAGUACACUAGAAUUGCAAUA